UGCCCGGUUCUUGCACUCGCAGGAAAGCCGCUCCGAGCCUGUGGCUGUUUCAAAGCCCGGUCGCGCGGUCCGGCCGAGAGGACAGAGCCCGGCUCAGAGCGAGUGGCACCCCGGUCCAGGCGGAAGCCGAAGAGGGGCUCCCGGCGCCGAUCUCCGCGUGGCCCAGUGCCUCCGCCCCAGAGGCGUCCCCGGGCGCUUCGGGUCCUCGCAGCAGCCACCCCGCCAGCGCCGGCUGCGCGGUGCCUCCAACUCUGCGCUUCGGAGGAAAACUUCGCGUCCGCAGGCUGCACUGCAGCGCCUCCUCCCAAGUGACCCCGGGAGCCCUGAGUGCGGCUGGUUCUCCGUGAACUUGCAAAGAGUCAUAGUAACUGAACUUUAACCAUCCGGAGCGAGGCCAGCGAGGCUCUGCACUCCCGAUCCAAACAAUAGCCUCCUCGCCGGGAGCGCGGCGGCGCGCGGUGCCUCCGGGGGCUCGGGUGCAGCUGGCGGUCCCCGCGGGGUCCCGAAGGCGCACCGCAGGCGGCGACAUGGGGAAGGCGGAGCUGGCCAGGUGGUCUCGGGGUCCUCAGCCCGCGUCCGUGCUGCUGCUGCUCGCGGCGGCCGCGGCACUGCUGGUCCUACCGGGCGCGCACGGGCGCCCCGCCGAGGAGGACGAGGAGCUGGUGCUGCCCACAGUGGAGCGCGACCCGGGACACAGGGACACGCACCUCCGCCUGGACGCCUUCGGCCGGCAGCUGAGCCUGGAACUGGAACCGGACCGCGGCUUCCUGGCGCCCGGCUUCACGCUCCAGACCGUGGGACGCAGGCGGGGGUCCGACGCCCCCAGUCCCGACCCGGCCGGCGACCUGGCGCACUGCUUCUACUCCGGCACCGUCAACGGCGAUCCCAGCUCCGCCGCGGCCCUGAGCCUGUGCGAGGGCGUGCGCGGCGCCUUCUAUCUGCAGGGCGAGGAGUACUUCAUCCAGCCCGCGCCCGCCGCCGCCACGGUGCGCCUCGCCCCGGCCGCCGCAGGGGAGGAGCCGCCGACGCGGCCCCAGUUCCAUCUCCUGCGGCGGCGGCGGCGGGGCGGCGACGGGGCCAAGUGCGGGGUUAUAGACGAGGAGACUCCGCUCGCGAGGGGCGCCGGGCCAGAGGGCGAGGACUCCGGGGCUCAGUUGCGGCCGAGGGACCCCGCGCCGCAGAGCUCGGGGCAGCCAACAGGAAGUGGGAGCGUGAGAAAGAAGCGAUUUGUGUCCAGCCCCCGUUAUGUGGAAACCAUGCUGGUGGCUGACCAGUCCAUGGCAGAGUUCCACGGCAGUGGCCUCAAGAACUACCUCCUCACCUUGUUCUCGGUGGCCGCCAGGUUGUACAAGCACCCCAGCAUUCGCAAUUCGGUAAGCCUGGUGGUCGUGAAGAUCCUGGUCAUCUAUGAGGAGCAAAAGGGACCAGAAGUGACUUCCAACGCGGCCCUCACUCUGCGCAACUUCUGCAACUGGCAGAAGCAGCACAACCCGCCCAGUGACCGAGAUGCCGAGCACUACGACACGGCGAUUCUUUUCACCAGGCAGGACCUGUGUGGCACCCAGACAUGUGACACCCUCGGGAUGGCUGAUGUUGGAACUGUCUGUGACCCCAGCAGAAGCUGCUCUGUCAUAGAAGAUGAUGGCUUACAAGCUGCCUUCACCACAGCCCAUGAAUUAGGCCACGUGUUUAACAUGCCACACGAUGAUGCGAAGCAAUGUGCCAGCAUUAAUGUCAACCGGGAUUCCCACUUGAUGGCGUCCAUGCUUUCCAACUUGGACCGCAGCCAGCCCUGGUCUCCCUGCAGCGCCUACAUGAUUACCUCAUUUCUGGAUAACGGUCAUGGGGAAUGUUUGCUGGACAAGCCCCAGAGCCCCAUGCAGCUCCCCUCUGACCUUCCUGGGACCUUGUAUGAUGCCAACCGGCAGUGCCAAUUUACGUUUGGGGAAGACUCCAAACACUGCCCCGAUGCAGCCAGCACGUGCACCACCCUCUGGUGCACGGGCACCUCCGGGGGGCUGCUGGUGUGCCAAACCAAACACUUCCCUUGGGCGGACGGCACCAGCUGUGGCGAAGGGAAAUGGUGUGUCAACGGCAAGUGUGUGAACAAGACCGACAAGAAGCAUUUUGAUACACCUGUUCAUGGAAGCUGGGGGCCAUGGGGACCCUGGGGAGAUUGCUCGAGAACCUGUGGUGGAGGCGUUCAGUACACAAUGAGGGAAUGUGACAACCCAGUCCCCAAGAACGGAGGGAAGUACUGUGAAGGCAAGCGAGUGCGCUACAGAUCAUGUAACAUUGAGGACUGUCCAGACAACAACGGCAAAACCUUUAGAGAGGAGCAGUGUGAGGCACACAACGAGUUCUCCAAAGCUUCCUUUGGGAGUGGGCCCGCAGUGGAGUGGACACCCAAGUACGCUGGGGUCUCCCCAAAGGACAGGUGCAAGCUCAUCUGUCAAGCCAAAGGCAUUGGCUACUUCUUCGUUCUGCAGCCCAAGGUGGUAGAUGGUACUCCAUGCAGCCCCGACUCCACCUCUGUGUGCGUGCAAGGACAGUGUGUAAAAGCUGGCUGUGAUCGCAUCAUAGACUCCAAAAAGAAAUUUGACAAAUGUGGCAUUUGUGGAGGAAAUGGAUCCACAUGCAAGAAAAUAUCAGGAUCGGCUACCAGUUCAAAUCCUGGCUAUCAUGACAUCGUCACCAUCCCGGCGGGAGCCACAAACAUUGAAGUGAAACAACGGAACCAGAGGGGAUCCAGAAACACUGGCAGCUUCCUGGCCAUCAAAGCCGCCGAUGGCACAUACAUCCUGAACGGCGACUUCACCCUGUCCACCUUAGAGCAGGACAUCACGUACAAGGGCACGGCCUUGAGGUACAGCGGCUCCUCUGCGGCGCUGGAAAGAAUCCGCAGCUUCAGCCCCCUCAAGGAGCCCUUGACCAUCCAGGUCCUCACAGUGGGCAAUGCCCUCAGGCCGAAAAUUAAAUACACCUAUUUCGUGAAGAAGAAGAAGGAGCCUUUCAAUGCCAUCCCUACCUUCUCAGAGUGGGUCAUCGAAGAGUGGGGCGAAUGCUCCAAGUCCUGUGGGCAGGGGGUGCAGAGGAGACGGGUGGAGUGCCGAGACCUCAACGGGCAGCCUGCCUCGGAGUGUGCCAAGGAAGUGAAGCCAGCCAGCACCCGCCCCUGCGCGGACCUGCCCUGCCCCCACUGGCAGCUGGGGGACUGGUCCCCCUGUUCCAAGACUUGUGGGAAGGGCUACAAAAAGAGGACCUUGCAGUGUCUGGCCCACGAUGGGGGGGUGCUGGCCCACGAGAGCUGCGAUCCUUUAAAGAAGCCUAAACAUUACAUAGACUUUUGCACCAUGGCGGAGUGCAGCUAAGCGGGCUGAGUGUGGAGGGGAAGAGGAGGUGAGGAAGGGCUGAGGCACUGAAAUCAAGAAGGCUGGAGGGAUCCAGUAGACCUUGCUGGUGAUGUUACAAUCCCUGUUCCCUGGUACUGAUUCAAUACGUGGUGUCCUGGGGGUUGGGGAAGGCAAAGCAAGAGAACAAUGAGAUUCUUAGCUUAAGGUGUGGCUUACUUUAUGUCACUCGCAAUGGAGGGAGAAAGGAGUCCAAAGAGGAGCUUUGACCAGCACUGUUUAUGACUGCGAUGGUUUCAGAGAAUGUUUAUGUCAUCUUUUCUACCGAGAGUUAAGAAUUGAAGAAUGUCCACCAUGGAGAAAACAGUUGAGCAUGUCCAGUGACUCCAUCAUUACCUUUUUUUGCCAUUCUCCCGUCUUUGUACAUUUAUUUUGACCAAGAAACAAGUCCUGUGUUUGUAAAAAUGCACUGAGUCUCCAAGGGGAAAACAGCAGCGAUGUAUCGGGUGCUGGUAAAUCCAGAGGAGGCACCCCCAGCUCGGUACCUCCCACCUUCCUUCCCUCCUUGUGUAAGCCUACCUUAGGAAUGUGCAUGUGAAAAACCAGUCUGAGUCUCAAGAAAGUCAGCGAGAUCACGCAAACAAGGAAGUAAUGCCAGAACAAGAAAGGGGUGAGCCCAACAGGGUCCCCAGUGUUUGGGGACAGUGAGGUCCUUUGUCUCAUGAUGGGGAGGCUACUGAGGGGUAGCAGGUCCAUCCCCAGCAGCUGGUCCAGCAGUCAUAUCCUGGUGAAUGUCUGUUCAGCUCUUCUACUAUGAAAGAGGAUGACUUUUUCCAUGUGUAUAUAGUAAAAUAUGUUACUAUAAAUUCUAUGUACUUUAUAAGUAUUGGUUUGUGUGUUCCUUCUGAGAAGGACUAUAGUAUGUAACAAAUGCCUAUUAUAACAUAUUUAUUUUUAUACAUUUCUUUUUAAUGAUAAAACUCUUAAGUUAUACCGUGAUUGUAAAAGGGCAUAUAAAAGAUAGAGUAUUUAUACAAUAUAUGUUACUAGAAAUAAUAAAAGAACACUUUUCGAAUAUGUGUGUAUUUUUUUUUAAAGUGGGAAUUUAUUUCUAGGAAGGAAAUCCGAGACUUAAAUACUGAAUUUGAAGAACGGAUAUUUUCUUAAAUUCUUUGGAAAUGAGAUUUCAUUCUAAUGAAAUGUAUUUUAUAUAUCCUGGAUUGUGUGAUUGUUGCAAAGAAAGGAAGCUAUGGUAUCUUUGGUGGUAGGUUUGUUACUCAUGUAUAAUAUAUACAAAUGAUUGGCAGACUUUUUCUGUAAAAGAGCCAGAUCAUAAAUACUUUUGGCUUUGUGGCCCAUACCAUCUCUGUCCCAACUACUUCAAUGUGCUGUUGUAGCAUGAAGACAGCCAUGGGCAAUACAUAAAUGAAUGGGUAUGGCAGUGUUCUAAUAAAAUUUUAUUUACAAAAA